GAGCGUGAAAAAGCAGCGGCGCAAUUCCAGUCACACAUCACCGAAGCCGGGCUCGUCCGCCGGCGCGCUCCCUUCCCUUCUCCCUCAAGAAACUUCUCGACCUCGCGCCUCUCCCGGCCCCCCGCAAGCGCGACUUCUUUCACUCGGCGUCUCUUAGCCCGCUGCUUGCUCCCUUCCGCCCGAGCGGGAUCCCCUCAGCGGACGCAAAGGAAGCCUUGCUCUUCCCCCCCAUCCCCCACCUGGAGCCUGGAGGCGAGAGGGAUCGCGCGACCUCGCUCCCCGCCCGGGCUGUGCGCGAAGAGUUUGGGAGAGGCUCCUCUGCCAGCUCUCGGCAACGCCCUCGCCGCGGCCAGACUAUUUGUAGGAGUCGCCCGGAGAGGAUCCCCGAGCAGUUGGGCGGCCGGAGGAGGAAUCCAGCAGCCACCUCCGCCGGGAAGAAAGCGGGCUUCGAAGCGGGAGGUGGGUGGGGAGAGGAUGUCUCUGGGCUGGGGCCAGGGCUCUGGGAAGAUGCUGCUGCCUCCGUCCGCUCUGCUGCUUGCCCUGGCCGGGCUACUGGCUUCCUGGGCGCCUCUGGCGCUGGGCGCGGCUUGCGAGCCGGUGCGCAUCCCUCUGUGCAAAUCUCUGCCCUGGAAUAUGACCAAGAUGCCCAACCACCUGCACCACAGCACGCAGGCCAACGCCAUCCUGGCCAUGGAGCAGUUCGAAGGGUUGCUGGGCAUCCACUGCAGCCCGGACCUGCUCUUCUUCCUCUGCGCCAUGUACGCGCCCAUCUGCACCCUCGACUUCCAGCACGAGCCCAUCAAGCCUUGCAAGUCCGUCUGCGAGAGGGCCCGGGCCGGUUGCGAACCGGUCCUCAUCAAGUACGGCCACGCCUGGCCGGAUAGCCUGGCCUGCGACGAGCUGCCGGUCUACGACCGAGGGGUCUGCAUUUCCCCCGAGGCGAUCGUCACAGCCGAAGGAUCCGAUUUCCCUAUGGAUUCUAAUAAUGGGAACUGUAGAGGCACCAAUGCCGAGCGCUGCAAAUGCAAGCCUAUAAAAGCUACCCAGAAGACCUACCUUCGGAACAAUUACAACUAUGUUAUUCGGGCUAAAGUUAAGGAGGUAAAGACCAAAUGUCAUGAUGUCACUGCAGUGGUCGAAGUAAAAGAAAUUCUAAAAUCUUCAUUGGUGAACAUUCCUAGGGACACGGUCAAUUUAUAUACAAACUCUGGCUGUCUUUGCCCACCACUUAACGCUAAUGAAGAAUAUAUCAUCAUGGGCUAUGAAGAUGAGGAACGUUCUAGACUACUCUUAGUGGAAGGCUCCAUAGCUGAGAAAUGGAAGGAUCGUCUCGGUAAAAAAGUGAAGCGCUGGGACCAGAAACUCCGUCAUCCUGCCAAAGGCAGAAAUGAACCUGGACAAAGUGAUUCUGCUCCCAAAUCUGGGAGAAGCACCAAUCCACGACAAAGGCGCAACUGAGAUGAAAAAUACCUUGAGGCCAAAACUAAUCCAUGGACUUGUAUAAAUUAAAAGACUUGCCUUCUUGAAGCAGCAAAAGAGAAAUUGCACUAUUGCACGUUGCCUUUUAUUGUUUACUAUGAGUUCAUUUUGUAGCCAAUGUUAGUUGUUUAUUUUUUCUUCCCCCCUUGUUUUUUUGCCUUUUGCAUUGUGCAGGAAUACAAACACUUGGAAAAGAAAGGUAUAUUAUAUUCACAAACAUCUAUCUGUGAAUUACAUUGACAAACAUUUUUCUUUCUUUGAAUGGCCAAAUUGAUUUUAUUAGAUGCUCAUGAUAAUUGUUUGUAUACAGUUCUUUCAGUCUAGAAAGCCACAAAUACUAUAUGUAUAAACAAGUUGCCUGAAAGGACAUUUUUUAAAAAAACGAAUCCCACAAAUUCUUAGGUUGUAUUAAGAAACAUAAUCCAAAUUCCCCUGUAAUUAUAAAGAAGAAUGAGGUGGAUGUGAAGAAUAUCAGGACCCCACAUAUUAAGAAAAAUUAUGAUUUUAAUGGGCCUUUUCUAAUAGAAAUAAAACGCCAAAAGGCAAAUGAGUUCUAAAAGUUGUUAUCUGGGAAACACAAACUAUUUUUAUAAUUGGCAAAUGGAAAAAUUGAUCAAUUUUAAAGAGUUCGCCCCCUUCUCCUUACUCAUAUGGAUACUCUUUAUGGCAGCCUAGAUUAUGCAAAGAGAUUAUACCAAGAGAAUCCAGCCUUUUAGAGUAGGUUUGCUAAUAAAUGUCAAUUCCGCUUCAAUAAACCACUUAUAUGAAGCUUUGUUUUAAAACAUUAGCCAUGACAAAGACCACACCAAGGACUUACUUUUGAAAGUCUUAAUCCUUCUGGGAAAAGUUGUAUAGAAUUGUUAAAAUCUUGCCCAAAGAUACCCCAUACUUGUUUUCUGUUAACACUUCUCCCUCCUUUUCAUUGUUGCUGCCAAGUUAUAGGAAUACAAGCAAUCAUCUUCAGGCCUCCAUCUCAGCAUAGAUCUGCAUUUUAUCAUUUCAGGCUGUCUUUUUUGAUUGUAUUUCAUUAUCUAUAUGCAACUGGAAUGUUUAAUGGUCAAUGUUGGGGAUCUGGAUGAAUUCUUCUGAGAAAGCUGAAAAGGUGAUCCCUCAGCUAUUAUUGGACUAAAACUUCCUACCAUGUUGACUGUGGACAAUGGGAGUCUGAGUCUAACACUGCUGGAGAACCAUAGGGUCUUCACCCUUACCAGUAACAAAUAAAAGCAUCAACUUCUUUGCAAUCAGCAGACAUUUUAAAUAACUUACAAUGCAUAUUUCUAUUCAAUAAGUGCCAACAGAUCAUCCUAAUGAUCAGAUCUUUUAAGUCUUUUGUAGCAGUGCCAAUAGCUUGGAGUUGUAAUUCCUAUCUUUCUCCCUUUCUGAAUUGAAAUAAAACAAUUAUUUUAGCAAAAAAAGAAAUGGCAUGUCUUUCUUUGGCAUGUAAUAGUAUGGUGGUAUCAUUCAGAAAUUAAAUUUAAAUUUAAUUUAAACUAGACUGAGUGCAUACGUAAGGCUUCAAAAUGAUAAUGGUUAGAUAUAAUUUUCAUCAUAUUUCAAUAUGACCCCAAAAAAGAAUCCCGGGGGGAGGGAAUCUUUUCUGAAGAGGAAGUGGCAUGCAAUAAUUAACUUUGAUCAUCAUUCUCCCUUUUUUCUAUUUUUUUUCUUUUCUUUUCUUUUCUUUUUUGUUUGCAUCCUUCCUCCAAUUUUUUACUUCUCUAGUCAUUCUUAGCUUUAUACCAGGGGUGAAAUUCUGCAGGUUCUGACAGGUUCUGGAGAACCGGUAAAUGAUAUUUUGAGUAGUUCGGAAAACCAGCAAAUACCACCUCUGGCUGGCCCCAGAAUGGGGUGGGAAUGGAGUUUUUUGCAAUAUCCUUCCCCCAGGAGUGGGGAGGGAAUGUGGAUUUUGCAGUAUCCUUCCCUUGCCAUGCCCACCAAGCCACGCCCACAGAACCAGUAAUAAAAAAAAUUGGAUUUCACCCCUACUUUAUACCCUUUUGGUUUAAAAUGUGUCUCAAGGUCAAGAUGUAACACAUUUUUUUUAUAUGAAAAAGCUUCCCAUACUCAUUGCAUCAUGGUCCUGCAUGACUAAAAAUGAAUCAGAUACAGAUAUUUUGCAGAUUUUAUUUUCAAUAAUGAUUGACAUUGUUUUUUCUUGGGUGCAGCUCUAAAUGUACUUUAUAUAAGUGCACAGUUGCCAGUUACUUCUUUUUUUAAAAAAAAAAGGCAUAAAUAUGCUGUACUUGUGGAACAAUGUAUUAUGUCAAGAUAAAACUUUACUGAUGGCAA